AUGAUGCGUCAACAAAACUCGGUCGCCAACUACUCCUCCGAAUUCCAACGUCUGGCAACCAUCGCCGAGGUCUCCGAUGACCGCUCGCUUUUCUGGCUCUAUCGCCGAGGACUCAACGCCAGGAUCCGCGCCGUCAUCAUAGUACUACGGCCUCAACCCAAGAACCUCGAUGAGUUGAUCAAAGAGGCCAACCGAAUUGAUUUGUACCUUCAAAACGAAGCCAUCAACACUGGUGCCUAUCUACCUCGCCGCAUGGCAAGUGGGUACCCACCCAAUGAUUUUGCCACCUCACGAUCGGCUGUUUCAUUGAACGAUGGAGGACCGCGACCCAUGGACAUUGACGCCAACCGUCGCCGAAUCCAAGUCAACAAUACCAACGUUCGUCGAGGACCCCUGUCUGGGAACGAGAAAGAACGCCGCCGUGCAAACAAUCUCUGCCUCUACUGCGGCCGCGCCGGACAUCUCUUCGCAAACUGCCGUGCUCGACCCCAGCAGUCAACCACACCUUCGCGCAACUCCUACCCUCGGUCGACCAACGAACAUUAUAACAACGCUGGACAACACAGGUCCAACAUCUACGACCACAAGAGGAGUGCUGCGGUGUCUUUCCGCCUCACUGGCCCCAAUGCUUCCGUGCUUGGCAGCCGUCAACCAAAGCCCAGAAUGCUUAG